GCUGUCCGCGGUGCUGAAGCUCGCUGCCUGCUCUCUCCAUGUGCCGCCUGCUCACACAGACACGAAUCCGCUUACUGAGCGUCCAAAUUAAACAGGGACCUCCGCGUUUCACUUGAUUAUUCUCGGCUGUCCUCAGCCCGCUGACACAUACCGAAAGUGCAACGGCAAACCCCCACGGCUCUGUUCGCGUUUUUGUAGACGUUAAAAUCCUCGCUUUGCUUGUUUUCUUUCUUCUUUUUAUUUCUCAGCCCUGGAAGUAUUCUUUUUCAACACAAGGACGUGUUUCUGUAGCCUCGCGGAGAAGAUCCCCGUCGACUUUAGACAUGUGUGUGAGACAGGACUGUCAAUUUAAGAGACUGUUGGCGGUUUUGGUUCUCGCUGCUGCCGUGGCCACAAUCCACGCACAAGGUCCAAAGGAAAGUAAUGGCAUCAGUAGGAGGACACUUGACCCUGACAGGGACUCGCCAACAAUGGACACAGAGAGCGAGAUCCACGUUGUCACCACUGCCUCGCCGAUGAACGUCCCCAACCACCAGCCUGUCCUAAAGGGCCUGCUGCUGCAUGAGCACCUACUCAUAAGGGACUUUCAGAGCGACCAGCAAUUUUUUAGAAAAGAUGGCUCUGUGGCAGCAUAUUCAACCAUGCCCGGCUCAGAGUCUGCUGGAGACCCUGUGACUCAACUGGUGCCCCAUGAGGAAGCCCCGGCCUUCUCAGACAUUGCCACUACUGCCACUGUGGCUGCCACCUCCCCAUUGACCACAUAUUCUCCCACGACGCCAGGGCCACCAAUGUCUCUUUCUCAAAAGGAGUCCUCAAGGGAAAAGACAAAGGAACAAGAACAGAUUCAGCCAACGAUGGACUCUCUUACCACCCAAGUGACUCUACUUAAUAGAGGUUCAGGCGAUGGAAAAAAUCCAGACAAAACCAGCUCUGAUCAUCCACACCUGGAACAGAUUUCAGUAUCGGAAGAUAAAGUUUCCACCAGGGUGUCAACAACCGUUAUUACAACUACCACCAUCACCACCAUGCAAACAACAGAGCCAUGCAGUCUGAAUUUUACUGACCCUGAGGGUAACAUCGAAAUCCUGCAGCAGCUUGACUCUGGAGUGGAGUGUAACUACUUGGUUACUGUCUACCUGGGAUAUGGCAUUGAAGUUCAGGUGCUUAACGUGAGUGUGAUGGAAUGGGAGAAGGUGACAGUGGAGGACACGGGUGGCCGAGAACCCUUCAUCCUCGCUAAUGAGUCGGUGUUGUUGAGGGGCCUCGUAUUACGCAGCUGGAGCAACCAGAUCUCCAUCCGAUUUCGUAGUGAGCAGCAACAAAACCCUGGAUUCCUCCACCUGCACUACCAAGCCUUUGUGCUAAGCUGUUCAUUCCCCAAAGAACCAGCCGGUGGAGAAGUUUCAGUGACUCACCUCCACGCCGGCGGAGAAGCGUACUUCAGCUGCUUCACUGGCUACAAGUUACAAGGCCCCAAGAUGCUCACCUGUCGCAAUGCAACCACACCUUACUGGAGCGGAAAGGAGCCUCGAUGUGUGGCAUCCUGUGGGGGGAUGAUAAAAAAUGCCACCUAUGGGCGCAUCGUCUCCCCUGGUUUCCCUGGCAACUACAGCAACAAUUUGACAUGCCACUGGGUCCUGGAGGCCCCUGAAGGCCACCGGCUUCACGUUCACUUUGAGAAGGUGGCUCUGGCGGAAGACGAUGACAGGCUGCUGAUAAAGGAUGGCAACAACAUAGACUCUCCCCCUGUGUACGACUCUUAUGAGGUGGAAUAUUUGCCCAACGAAGGCGUGCUCAGUACUGGGCGAUAUCUCUUCGUGGAGUUCACCACGGACGGGACAAUGACCUCCACCGGUGCAGCCAUCAGAUAUGAAGCUUUUGCAAAAGGAAUGUGCUACGAGCCGUUCGUGAAGUACGGCAACUUCAGCAGCAGUGACUCCACUUACGGCAUGGGGGCGGUGGUUGAAUUCUCCUGCGACCCCGGCUACACGCUGGAGCAAGGCUCUGUGGUGAUUGAGUGUGUGGACGCUCAAAAUGCCCAGUGGAAUGAGACCGAGCCGGCCUGUAGGGCUGUGUGCAGCGGGGAGAUCACAGACUCUGCCGGUGUGGUGUUGUCUCCUAAUUGGCCCGAGGCCUACGACAAGGGACAGGACUGCAUCUGGGGCAUCCAUGUGGAAGAGGACAAGAGGAUCAUGCUUGACAUCCAAGUUCUCCAUAUCGGCAAGAACGACCUGCUGACCUUCUACGACGGCGAUGACCUGACAGCGAACAUUUUGGGCCAGUACAGCGGCACACGGCCACACUUCAAGCUGUACACCUCCAUGGCUGAUGUCACCAUUCAGUUUCAGUCAGAUCCUGCCACUAACAUCUACGGCUACAACAACGGCUUUGUGGUCCACUUCUUUGAGGUUCCCAGGAACGACACCUGCUCAGAGCUGCCAGAGAUCACAAAUGGCUGGAAGAGCACAUCCCACCCUGACCUCAUCCAUGGCACCGUCAUCACCUACCAGUGCUACCCGGGGUACGAGCUGGUGGGCUCUGAGAUCCUCAUGUGUCAGUGGGAUCUCUCAUGGAGCGGUGAUGUGCCAAGAUGCCAGGAAGUGAUGACAUGUCAGGACCCUGGAAAUGUGGAGCACAGUCAUAAGGUGAUAACAGGAAGUCGCUUUGCCGUUGGGUCGUCUGUGCAGUUUAUCUGUAAUAAAGGAUACAUCAUGUCCGGCAGCAGCCUUCUCACCUGCUACAACAGAGAUUCAGCAACACCCAAGUGGAACGAGAGGCUGCCCAAGUGUGUCCCUGAAAAGUAUGAGCCUUGCAGGAACCCUGGGGCUGCAUCCACCAGCGUGCAGAGCUCAGAAAAGGCCUUUUACCAAGCAGGAGAAACACUGACCUUCUCCUGCCACUCGGGCUACGAGCUGCAGGGUGAGGCCACCAUCUACUGCAUCCCCGGACACCCAUCCCAGUGGAACAGCACUCCCCCCGCCUGCACAGCAUCCAUGAAGCCAACUGUGAAUGAACGAAGGCUAGAUGUUGUUAACAUGGAUUACGGUAUGGAGGGAACCAACAUCGCCCUUGCAGUUUUCAUCCCAACAGCAAUCGUCUUGGUGGUUGUCCUCAGUAUUUAUGUCUACUUUGCAAAACUCCAAGGAAAGUCUAUCAGAAUGCCAACAUCUUCACCACCGUACGACAACAUGACAGAAGAGUCGGCUUUCGAUAACCCUAUUUACGAGAGCGGAGUAAGUACAGAUGUCAUGAGCAUGCAAGACGUGGAUUCACAGAACACCAGUGUGCUGUCCUGAUCCUUUCCCAUCUGGCUGUCAUCAUGUCGUCAUCUCAUCUUUCACCAGCAGAGGGCGCCCUCUGCCUCAUCUUUCAUCACCAGUCAUCAGUAAGAGCUCUUAAAGGCCUAACUGAUGAUGUUGCUCAUAAAAAAACUAUGACGAAAGGACACUUUCCCUCAUAUGAUUCUGAUGUAAGAUAUAAUUUUGCACCCUGAAUAUCCAUAAUUCAUCCACCAUGAGGACUAAGAGGGAUCUGUUUGACGGGCAGAACUUUCCCAUUGUGGUCAUCUCUCACCUAUGUCUGUCAAGCUGUAAGCUGCAAUCACACAACCUGUGCAAAAUCAUUUAUCUUAUUUUAAAAGUGCGAAUUCCUUUGAACUUAAAACAAUAUAUCUGCAACUAUAGCCAAAGUGAAUAGUCAACAUAUCAGAAAUAAGUUCCUAUUAUUUCUUCUUUUCAUGAACUGGUGUCAUUUGUGACUGAAUCAUCCCAUCGUUUAUUUUCCUGCCCCUUGAGCAUUGGCAGUCCAAUUCUAGAAAUUAAACCCUGUCAGUCCCACUUUGAUGCACUACUGAACAACUAUAAGGUGAGAUUAUGUUCUGAUGCUUAGAGCACAUCUGACUCUCCCCCAUCAGCCCAGUCCACCAUAAAGACUCACCACCUCUCCCAAUUUCACACCUGAUAUACAGAGAUUUCAUUGGCCCCACGUAGUUAAAAAAAUUACCAAAUAA